AUGGCAGACCAACGGCUUGAGGAUGAGUUUGAUAUCUCCAGAUACUUAUCUAUUUCUCCUAUCGAGUCAGCUUCAAUCGAAGAAUCAAUCAACGGUUUAAUGAGUAGUUGGAUUCCUCCGGCUAAGGGUGAGAUUAGAGAUUCACUUCCUCCAAACGCUUCUUUUGAAGCUACAGACAGUUUUUCAACCAGUUCAUACCAGGAAAUUAUACCAGCACAGGUGAAAAUAAAACUGGAGUUUGAUAAUGACCAGCAGCCUGUUUUCUAUCAAGAAUCGCAACCAGUUUAUGAUAAGCAUUUAACCGUCAAUGAUCAGGAAACCAGAAGCGCCCAAGACUUCAACCAAUACUUGAAUGCUGAUGCCGUAUCGAGGACCAACUCCAUCUCCAACUUAUCGGAGCUGUCAACUCAUUCCCAUAUUACCCCUCCAACGCUACUUCAUGAUCAAGCCUCAUUGUCUCCUGCUCUCUUAUCUAUGAACAGUGAUGAAAGAAACGAACUCAAUCUGGAAACACUACAGCUAGAUCAAACGUCACAGCCUUACGUGAAUCAGAUAAAAACGGAGGCAGCUUACGAAGAGCUUUCAGAGUUACACCACAGAUUAGAAAGACUCACUGAGACAAAUUUAAUUCAUCAAGACCAGCUUCAACUCGAACAACAAGAGCAACAAAAUCAGACUCCUCAUACUCUCAGUCCUCCUAUACAACUUCAGACUCCCAUAAUCAAAGUCUUGCAAGCCCCAAAUGAUAUAGCAGCAAAUACCCCGUCUCUUUUUUCUCAAUCUAACCAUUCAUCUCCAUAUAACACACCCAAACAUUCCAGGUCAAACUCGUUGAGUUCAAAUGACAGACAACAUGAUAUUCCACAAAUAUCCUCAGUUUUAGACACGUCUUCGUUUUUGGUACCUGGAGAUCAGUUUCAAGCAAUGAGAGAAGGUAGACAGAGGAGGAAAUCCGAGUCCAACUCUAGAAACUCGAAAGAACGUUCUAAAUCUAGGGAACCGCCAAAGUCCAGGUCUAGAUCUAGAGACAGUGCAACAGAUCAUCAUAUGGAAGUUAUGAGCAGAGAAAAGACUCUUGAGUUGGCAGCUUCUCAGCCAAGCUCCAAGACGCCGCAAAAGAACCCUUCCAUCUAUGCUUGCUCGCUCUGCUCCAAGAGAUUCACAAGACCAUAUAAUUUGAAGUCUCACCUUCGCACGCACGCUGAUGAAAGGCCUUUCCAGUGUUCAAUAUGCGGGAAGGCAUUUGCUCGUUCUCACGACAGAAAGCGUCAUGAGGAUCUGCAUAGUGGUGAACGAAAGUAUUGCUGCAAAGGUGUUUUGUCUGACGGAGUAACUACAUGGGGCUGUGAAAAAAGAUUUGCCCGAACAGAUGCGCUGGGUAGACAUUUCAAAACUGAAUGUGGUAAACUGUGUAUCAAGCCGCUGAUGGAUGAACUAAAGAGGGAGGAAGCUUACAGGAGGAAUGAACCAGUAACAGAAAUGAAUGACGAGCUUUACUCCCAAUCUGUCCAAGAUAUAUUUAGCUCUCAGCGGCUUGGUCAGAACAUAGAUGACUGA